AUGGAAGGAGGUGUGCGCAACAUCUGCUUCAUUGGGGCAGGAUGCGUUGGUGGCCCUGCUGCCGCAGUCAUCGCUUACCAAAACCCGCAGAUCCGCGUCGUUGUUGUCGAUCAAGAUAAAAGCCGAAUUCGACGUUGGAGAUCCGCUCACUUGCCCCUUUAUGAGCCAGGACUCGACUAUCUUGUUCGUGUCUCGAGAGACGGCUCUCGGGAAUUCUCGUUUCUAAAUCAACCAGGCACUACUAUAUCCUCGUCGACGACUGCCGCCUGUGAGAGCAAUCCUUUACAGCAGGACAUAAGGGACGAAGAGCAGCAGAAUAACCGGAUAGCAGUUCAAGCAAGGCAUCCAAACCUCCUUUUCACCCCUAAAUUUGAAAAGUCAAUAAAGGAAGCAGACGUUAUUUUUGUUGCUGUCAAUACCCCUACCAAAUUGAAAGGCAUUGGUGCCGGUAGUGCGACCGACAUGACAGCAUUUGAGGCUGCUACUAAUACAGUCGCGCGUUAUGCUAAGCCCGGAGCGAUCAUAGUCGAGAAGUCGACGAUGUUGAUGCAUCGUCCCAGCUUUGGGUUUGAAGUUUUAUCCAAUCCUGAGUUUCUGGCUACAGGGACAGCGGUGAACGAUCUACUACACCCAAGCCGUGUGCUUAUUGGGCAUUCCAAAUUGCCGUCGGGACGUCGGGCUGCGCACACUCUUAGAAGUAUAUAUGCUAGCUGGGUUCCGAAUGAUCGAAUCAUCACCACAGACGUGUGGUCCUCAGAGCUUUCUAAGAUAGUGGCUAAUUCUUUGCUUGCUCAGCGUAUUAGCUCCAUCAAUUCCGUCUCAGCUAUUUGCGAGAAGGUUGGGGCCGAUGUAUACGAAGUAGCUGCUUGCGUCGGUAGUGAUCCUCGUAUUGGUGACAAGUAUUUGCAGGCCGGCAUCGGGUUCGGUGGAAGCUGUCUCAAAAAGGAUCUUCUUAGUCUUGUGUAUCUCGCCGAAUCUUUACAGCUGGACGAAGUUGGUGAUUACUGGCGUCAGGUUAUUAAGAUGAAUGAGUUUCAGCGAGACCGCUUCAGUAAACGUGUCGUUCGAUGUCUCAACAAUACGUUAGUCGGGAAAAAGAUCACUCUCUUUGGCUACACAUUCAAGGCAGGCACAUCGGACACGCGAGACUCUCCAGCUCUGGAGAUCAUCAAAUCACUAUUGGAAGAAAACCCACGAGAGAUCGCCAUCUUUGAUCCUUUGUGUAAUCCCGCUCUUAUUCGAGAGGAGAUUGAGGGUCUCCGAAAGACCUGCGACACCAAUCUUGGACUUGUUGAGAUCAUCAAGAUAUAUGACAAUCCCUACAAAGCUUGUGCGGCGUCCAAUGCUGUUCUUAUCACAACCGAAUGUGAAGAGUUCCAGAAUACAUCGGUUGAAACCAACCGACCUGCUACUGCCCCAAAGAAUGAGUUGGUCGACCCAAGGCCAUUGAGUACGCCUAAGCCAACAGAGCAAGAGGUACUGAGAUUGCACCAGUUCCUCAUGUCUGUGAACCCUAGCUCAAACCUCGGGGAUAGCGAUCCUUUGCGAAGGUUAAUUCGGCCGCCUCCUUGUGCCAAUGAUUGCCCUGACUGCGGUCCGCAAGCACAUGCCCGCUCGAGAUGUGGUGACUCAGACAACUACAGAAGCAAAAAUAGGCUUGACUGGAGCAAGAUUGUACCCCUUCUAGCGAUGCCAAAGUGGGUUUUUGAUGGUAAAGGGGUUAUCGAGCCAAACAGCUUGAUUGAGAUUGGAGUGAAGGUCGAGAGCAUUGGGCGUCAAGGUAUCUAA